GGAUCCUAAUAAUUGCCCGUACGACCACCCCGAUGACAGGUAUGAAGCCUACUUUGCGCAGUUUUCUGCUUGGGAAAACGAACAGCUAGCCUGAAUCCAUGACUAUCUGCUAAGAGUCAUGAAACCGGCAUUCAAAGAAGUGGCCGAAACCGACUCGUCCUGGGUUUCAUUCUUCAUGGCCUCUGAGACCAGUCCGGGUUUGGACUCUUUUGUCCAGCAGUAUCAUCUCUCGCGUGGUCUGGAACAUAUCAAGCGAUUCUUCGACGCCAACACCUUUGAGAAACGGCGUGCGGUCCUCACAGGCUCCCAUAACCAACAAUCGCAUUUUUCGUUUAUGUCCAACAUCAUGCGUGAAGCCCAUGAGUAUGACGACAUCUCCAUUACCCUGAAUCAAAUGAACACAGAUGACGAGGCGGAACUGGUGCGUCGGCCAUGGUACGCAGAAGAGCCCGACACCGGACCCGAGAAGGUCUGGCGAUGGGCCCUUGCCGAUCAGGACAGUUCCGCGUUUGAAUUUGGUCUGCCACAGGGCCCCGCCAGAGAGUGGGCGUAUGUUCUAUGGGACCAUGAGCGGUUGGAGGAAUGGGGAGCAUUUGCUAAGCCAUUCAAGUUUAUGAACAAACAGGAAUGUGAGGAUUUGUGGGAGAGACAGAAACAGGAUGAGCAUCUAGCUUUAGAGCAGGUGGCACACACAUUGAAACUCCCUGUUUGGGAUUAAAAAAAAAAGAAAAAAAAAAAGUGUUGACUUCUGUAUAUGGCUGAAGCCGUCUGAUAAUUUGGCCGCUCCAAUCGAUCCACGGAAAUACUUACUUAACAUUCC